CAAUAGCAAGAGGAACUUCCUUCAUUUCCCACAUUAUGUGAAGUCCAGUUGCAGUGUAGUUACUGUAAACAGCUCAGAUCGAUGAGCUGCUGUCAGAUAGCUCUCAGUUUGAUCUGGAACAGUUGAAGCUGAGAUGAGUCUGCCAACCAGGGAACAGUUUGAGGAGUGGAGCCCAGCACAGGUAGCCAGUUUCUUGUCUCAGAACAAGAUGAGAGAUUGUGCUGUAACUGUGCAGAGAAUGAAGAUUGAUGGCCGGUGGUUUCUGAAACUUUCUGACAGCGAUCUGAGCAAGUUUAGCCUCAUCCACCGACCGCAAAUCCAAAAAUUGGUUCAGGACAUCAAAAAAAACGACGACAGCAUUUUCAAUCGAAUAAAAAGGUUCCAAACAGAACAGACAGCCAAUAUUCUUAAAACUGGAAGAAAUACAAUAGACAGACUAAAAAACAAAGCACCCCCAAAAGUACCUGCAAGAGACUACCCGGGUGAUAACCAGGAUUCUGAACAGUCGUCCGAUUCAGAAUUUGAAAGUGACCUGUAUGAAGACCCACAGGGUGAUUACAACUAUGAGCCUCCCCCUUGUGAGAGAGUCUUCUCUCCACCGCGAAAGAUCAACUACACUGGAGGAGACUACCUGGACACACAUCCUGGUCGACAAACUCAAAGUAAACCGUUAAUGCCCUUCCUACCAACUAAACCAAGAAUUCCUGAGAAGCCUAAACAACAAGCAAAGUAUGAUGACUACAUUGAUCCUGAGGAGGACACAGACUAUAUUGUCCCUUCUGAAAAAGAUGACCAAGGAAUGCAGUCAGGACGCUCAUACAGUCCAGAUGUCUAUGAGGUUCCUGACCCCGACAGUUCUCCAUCCAGCAGCAGGUACAACCAGAAGCUACAACCCCCUGCCCUACAGCUGCCUCCAAAACCAAGUCCCAGAACUAACAUUAAGAAGCCGGUUUCUUGUCCGGAGCCAGAGGACGAGGAUGACUACGAAGUCUGUAUUGAUAAUGAUAGUUUAACAGAAGAACAGGAGAAGAAGACUGCAGAAGAAAGACGGCCUUCAAUCCCUGUCCCUUUGCCAAGAGAAGCGAAGAAUCCAAAAUCAUUAGGGUUCCAGAAACCAAGCAAUCCAUCUAGAGACCAUGAAGCUCGGGAUUCGGUCUCUCCAUCCCCUACAGGAUUUUACCUUGUAAAGUCUCUGCCACGUGACAACCUCUGCCAGAAGUCUCCACCAGGGAGAGGAAGCUUAUCUCAGGAGGACAGUGCCACUAGGCAGCAAGAGGAGGAGGCUGGUGUGUAUAAGAAGCCGUGGUAUGCCGGUACCUGUGACCGUAAAACUGCAGAGGACGCACUCGUCCGAUCGGCCAAGGAUGGUUCAUACCUGGUGAGGAAGAGCUCAGGUGUGGACGCCCUGCAGCCCUACACUUUAGUCGUGUUCUACAACGGACGGGUUUACAACAUUCCAGUGCGCUACAUUCCCACCGCAAAACAGUACGCACUGGGCAAGCAGAAGAACAGAGAGGAGCGAUUCAAAACUGUCUCUGAAAUCAUCGAGAACCACCAAAAGAACACGAUUGUGUUGGUGGACAUGCAAAGCAACACAAAAGACGCCACUAGUCUGAAGCAUGCUGUGAAGCCGUGAGUCGAUUCAGCUAUGGUGGUUCAGCAGCACACAACGUCCUGCACUGACACAAUUCUCCAGAACAUCCGGGAAGUUUCAUGAAGACUGAUGAAGGAGCGGAAAUGAAUAAAAAAAAAGUCAUAUAGCCGGGAUGCGACAAGCUGUGAGGAUCAAAAAGCAAAUUGUUGCUCAUACUGACAGGUUUUGUAAAAGUGUGUAAAAUAUUCUCACGUAAGCUGUAUUUAAUGCACUUAUGCAGUAUAUUUUUGCUUCAUCUCAAGAAAAGACAAUUUAGUAAGAUAUUUUGAAACAAUUGAAACAUUUAAUUCUAUUCAGUUUUAACGAUGAGACUCAGAAGCUAAAUUACCUUAUUUCUUAUGUACGCAUUUCUGCAUUUCAAAUUAUGGCCAUUGCAAAUCUGAACAUUUCUCACAUUUCUGGUUUGUAAACAUACACUGGUACGCAAACUAAAAAGGGUUUCAGUGUCAUUUCUUUAUCUUGUAUCUCCACACGGCACAGAGCACAAGAAAUAACAGAGUCUUAAAGGAAGGAAUUAGUUUAUGUAGAACAUGAUUUGAGAAAAAGGUUUCAUGUUGUUUUUUUUUUUUUUUUGUUUGUUUGUUUUUUUUACAUUUUCACAAGCAUUUUAGCAGUUUUUUAAAAAAAUCCAAAAAAAAUAAAGGUUUCAAGUCAGAUAAUUUUAAUAAUAAUCUUUUAAAUAAAAAGAUUUAUAGACACAAGUAGGACCUGACUUGGGCUGGACCGUGGAAUACAAGCUGAUGUGAUCACAUUCAAAUAAAUAAUUACGUGCUACAAUUAAUAACCACUCAGUCGACUGUCUGGUGAAUAAACAAUAGAAAUAAAAGUAACAACUCAACUCUCUUUGUAACACUUUUCAGAAAAAAAAAAAUACAACAGAAAUUGAACAUGUGGUGAUGGAAAGAUCCACACAAAUAACUCUCAUGCGUUUAGAAACAACUUCGCUGAAAUGGAUUCCGUCUAUUAAACACCGCCGCUGUUACAAAUCAGGGAUGAUGAAAUCAUUUUAACUGCAUGAACUACUACAGCGUGUGGGGGGAAGACGAUAAAACACAGAGAAUGAUAACAUAAUAGAAGAAUGCUGUUGUCGUUAAAUAUCACAAUUCAAGGUAACCUUUACAACUGACGUGUCUAAUUUGGUUGCGUUGUAGUAGAACAAACAUAAAGAGCAAGUAAUUUGUAGGCAUUUGUGUUUGUCUAAAUGAAUAAAUAUCUGUCUUUGCAAAGACUGGUUGAAAAAACCUGAGUGGCAAAGACAAGAACUUAUUUGCUUAAAACCAGUAAGCAAUUAUUAGAUAUUAAAUUAAUGCAAAAAAAUAAA